AUGGCCCCGAUUGCUCGUGGAGACAAGCGUGCAUUUUUCGACGUCAGUAUCAAUGGAGAGCCAGCUGGGCGCAUUGUUUUUGCACUAUGGAAUUUUAGUUGCCCCAAUACUGUCGAAAACUUCCGCUCACUGUGCACCGGAGAGCUUGGUGAGCUCUAUGGACACCCAGCCACCUACCAAGGCUCCAUCUUUCAUCGUGUCAUCAAAGGAUUCAUGAUCCAAGGUGGCGAUAUCACCCAUAAGAAUGGUCAAGGCGGAUUUUCAAUCUACGGACGCCAAUUUGACGAUGAGAAUCUCUCCUUAAAACAUAACAAACCUUAUCUUCUAUCCAUGGCAAAUCGAGGACCAGAUACCAAUGGAUCCCAAUUUUUCAUUACUACCCAGGAGACACCACAUUUGGAUGGAAAGCAUGUGGUGUUUGGAGAAAUCGUGAAGGGGGUUGAUUUGGUGAAAAGGAUCGAGAAUCUGGAGGCUGACGAAGAAGACAGGCCGUUGGAUAAGGUACAAGUGGUGUAUUCCGGAGAGAUGGUUAAGAAGGGAGGAGGAGUGAAAGAUCAGAAGGAGGAGAAGAAGGAAGAAGAGCCAUCCGGUGUCAAGAUGGACGACGAACCGAAAACCAACAACUGGCUGAUGCGUCGUUCUCGGUCUCCAGAAGACAGGAAGAAAGAUUCAGAAGAUAGACGUCAUCGUCGUCGGGAUGACCACCGUCGUGAAAAGCGACGUUCUCGCUCCAGAAGCCGGCGCUCCAGAAGUCCACAAGAUCGUGAGAAAAGAGAUAGGAAGAGACCGACCAUCACCACCAAGGACGGCGUCAAAAUCAAGGGACGUGGAAAAGUGACAUUCUUGGGGAAUCGCACUCGAUCGGCCACUCCGCCACACUGGAGACGUGAGGAGAGCAAAAAACAGACUCUCGAAGAGCACCGAAAACGUCAAGAAGAUCUCGAGGAUCGUGAGAAGCGUCGAGCCCGACGUGACAAGGAAUACGAAGAGCGUCGCGCUCUCCGUGAAAAGGAGCAAAGAGAAGAGGAAGCUCGUCGUGAGCUGGAUCGUCAAAAAAGAGAAGCCGAGGAGGAGUUGGAGAGACAAAAUGCUUCUGCUGAGGCUACAGUAAAAGGAGAAUCUGAAUCUUCUCCAUCUUCCAAGGAUUCUUCAGAAUCCUCAUCUUCUUCUGACUCUUCAGAUUCUUCAGAUUCUGACUAA